GCUGGAGGCUGCAGGCCCCUGUCUGCGGAAAGCCUUUCACUUCGGAACACUGGCGCGGGGGAGAGCCCCGCCUCUUUUUUUCUGCACUUGGCAGCACCUGGCCGACUAAAUGGUUGUCCUCCGAACCAAAAAGGCCACCAGACAACCUACGGAAACUGUCUCUGACUAGGUCAUGUUCGCAUUUGAAGAAAUCAGCGAACAGAGUAUCUGCCAAGCCCGGGCGUCCGUGAUGGUCUACGACGACACCAGCAAGAAGUGGGGGCCGAUCAAACCUGGCCAGCAGGGGUUCAGCCGGGUCAACAUCUACCACAACACUGCCAGCAGCACCUUCCGAGUCGUCGGGGUCAAGCUGCAGGACCAGCAGGUUGUGAUCAAUUAUUCAAUCGUGAAAGGGCUGAAGUACAAUCAGGCGACACCGACCUUCCACCAGUGGCGGGACGCCCGCCAGGUCUAUGGCUUGAACUUCGCCAGCAAGGAGGAGGCGACGACGUUCUCCAACGCCAUGCUGUUCGCCCUGAACAUCAUGAACUCCCAGGAAGGAGGCCCCUCCGCCCAGCGUCAGGUGCAGAAUGGCCCCUCUCCUGAUGAGAUGGACAUCCAGAGAAGACAAGUGAUGGAGCAGCAGCACCAGCAGCAGCGCCAGGAGUCUCUAGAGAGAAGAGCCUCGGCCACAGGACCCACCCUCCCGCCGGGGCACCCCUCAUCUGCAGCCAGCGCCCCCCUCUCCUGUAGUGGGCCUCCGCCCCCGCCCCCGCCCCCCGUCCCACCACCACCCGCGGGAGCCGCGCCCCCGCCCCCGCCCCCGCUGCCAGCCGGAGGAGCCCAGGGCUCCAGCCACGACGAGAGUUCCGUGUCGGGUCUGGCCGCCGCCCUGGCUGGGGCCAAGCUGAGGAGGGUCCAGCGGCCGGAAGAUGCGUCCGGAGGCUCCAGUCCCAGCGGGACCUCCAAGUCCGACGGGAACCGGGCGAGCAGUGGGGGUGGAGGCGGCGGCCUCAUGGAGGAAAUGAACAAACUGCUGGCCAAGAGGAGGAAAGCGGCCUCCCAGACAGACAAGCCGGCCGAUAAAAGGGAAGAUGAAAGCCAAACGGAGGAGCCGAGCACCUCCCCGUCCCCGGGGACCCGAGCUGCCAGCCAGCCGCCUAACUCCUCAGAGGCCGGCCGGAAGCCCUGGGAGCGGAGCAACUCUGUGGAGAAGCCUGUGUCCGCCCUGCUGUCCAGAACCCCGUCUGUGGCCAAGAGCCCCGAAGCUAAGAGCCCCCUCCAGUCGCAGCCUCACUCUAGGAUGAAGCCGGCAGGAAGUGUCAACGACGUGGCCCUGGAUGCCUUCGAUUUGGACCGGAUGAAACAGGAGAUCCUGGAGGAGGUGGUCCGAGAGCUCCACAAGGUGAAGGAGGAGAUCAUCGAUGCCAUCAGGCAGGAGCUGAGCGGAAUCAGCACCUCAUAGGGCGCGAGGCCCCUGCGCCCCGAGACGCGGCCCCGGCGGACGGCCCCGGCCUCCAGCACCCGCGAGCGCGCACUGAAGCUAGGAUAUACUUCGUGUGAAGUCUUAGCCUGUGAUGAAACAUUAAAAUGAGGGAAACAGUUCAA